CGCCCGUACUGGCCAAAACGCCCAUCACGGGAUACACCAUGUUCUAUACGCAGUUUUCUCCUCAGGUUGGGUCAGCAGAAGAACACGAAGUAAAGGUCACUGGUACGUCACAUGACCUCCAAGGCCUGGACCAGUUCACUGAGCACAGCGUGUGGCUCACCGCCGUCAACAGUAAUGGCGGGGGAGACGCCACCCCGGAGGUCACUGCCAGAACCUUCUCAGACGUGCCCUCAAAGGAGCCUCAGAAUGUGAGCGUUGAGGCUGCCAGCUCAAGGAGCCUCAUCAUCUGCUGGGAGCCUCCGCUGGCCGAGCACCAGAAUGGGAUCAUCACCAGCUGCAAGAUCCACUACAAAGAGCGCGGCGAGUCAGGUUCCUCCAAGACCAAAGCCACAGACGGAAACAGACGACUCUUUGCCCUCAAGAAAAGCACCACAUACUCCAUAAAGGUUUAACCCGUCUGCUGCGAUUGGCACAGAUUUCACAUUCACUGGUAGCCUGAUAACAUACAGUCCCUGGUCUUUCUCUGCCUCUGUGGUGGAUAAUGGAGUGUUUCCCAUGUGGUAUUGGUGUGCUGGAUAUCUCUUCACUGGUAGCCUGAUAACAUACAGUCCCUGGUCUUUCUCUGCCUCUAUGGUGGAUAGUGGAGUGUUUCCCAUGUGGUAUUGGUGUGCUGGAUAUCCCCUCCCAUGGUGCAGGACUUACCUUUUCUUCAUUGAAUUGUAGCCACAGAUACUUUUUGUUCUCGCUGUUCAUUUCCCAUUUCCUUCUGGUUCUCCUCCUCCUCCUCCUGUAACCCUCUUUUUCCUGUCCCUACUGAUCAUGUUCUCUUUUUUCCUCUUGCUGUUCCUGUGUUCCCGCCCUGCCAAAUAUUCUCCCGCGUCCUGCUUCUCGGCAUUUCCUUGAGCAGGUUAGUGCAGAGAGCGUAUACAGCUUAGGGUCGGAGAGGCUUUGACGGAGCUCAACCAACGUAAUGUACAGACUGAAGCGACACAGCGCCACAAAGAGAGCCCACGAGACCACAAUUACACACUGUACAUAUAUAGCAUAAACUUGGGCGAGGCUGUGGAUUUUGAUGCAGCGGAUGUACAUUUUGAUCCAAUGACCCUGAUAACCUAAAACCGGUGAAUGUAUAGGAGGCGAAGCUACACACGCACACGCACACGCACACGCACACACACACACACACACACACAAUAAUACAAUACCCGUCAACAUUACAAAGAGAAAGUAUUCUUCCCAUGAUAAAUACUGAUUAAAAAGUCUUGUGUGUGUGUGUGUGUGUGUGUGUGUGUGUGUGUGUGUGUGUGUGUGUAAUUCACCUCGGCCUGAUCACGAGUUGGACUCGGUCCCGCCAGCAGGUACCCUCCCGACGUGAACAAGUGCUCAUCAUCAUCGAUCUCUGGGUACUGCCAGGACCUCACACACCACACCCCCCAUCCCCCUUGCUCAAGGGAGGACAGUAACCACUCCUUGUCAACAGAAAGAAUCCGGCCUGAUGGGGGCUCAAACCGCUGCCUGUUUGGCCGUAAAGCCUUGCAGCGCAGCGCUCUACCGAUUGAGCUGUGUGUGUGUGUGCAUGUGUGUGUGUGUGUGUGUGUGUGUGUGUGUGUGUGUGUGUGUGUGUGUGUGUAGCCUCGCCUCCUAUACAUUCACUCUGGUUUAGAUUAGCAGCUGCUGCAGUCUGACUCGACUCGCUCUCCUGAUCAUUACUGCCGCAGGAAAUGACAUAACUGUCUUCUCCCACACUCUACCUUCUCUUCCUCGCUUUAUUCUUCAUUAUUACCAUUACCAGAAGCUUUAUUACUCUGUUCCCCGCAUAAGGAGGACGAGGGGACAGACACAUGCGUUUGGCUUCCUGAUGCAAUACAUAUUAUCAAGGGAAGCAUGAUAGCAAGAGAAUAUUGAGCUACACACAACUUUUACUACCAUUAUUAUUGGCAAGAUUGUCACGUGUAAGGAGGACGGGGAGGCAGGGACAUGGGUUUGGCUUCCUGACACAACACGCAUCAUCAGAGGAAGCAAGGCAGCAAGCGAAUAAUGAGCAGCACACAACUAUACGCAUACAAUUCCAGCACUGCCGCCAGGUAAGAUCACGAGACUAACAAUGAGGAGCCCAACAACAUCGUUACGUCCGCAUUGCAUCGCUCCACAUCUUAUC